GGUUUAAAGAAUCUCGGGGACAAGACCUUUGAUGAUGACUUGACUUCUGCCGACUGACUGGACUGAGCCGCGGCCACACCAGCAGGGUACACGAAACGAUAUCACGGGGCAAAGCGGGAUAAACGUGAGUGAUUCGCUCCGGUUUGUCGUUGUGCAUCGGGAAUUGGUUGAAUCCCGAGUGACGAAACGCUGCGCCGAAGAGGAGAGAGACGCAAAACGGAGAUAUCCGCAGAUCCCCUUAGAUUAGUUAGCAGUUAAGCCAUAAAGUUUCGCGACGGAUCCGCCAUUCGAAGGAUCCGCGAAGUUAUUGGAUUCCACGGCCUAAGAUGAAGCGACAACAGUCCCAGGAACAGCAGAGGCAGCUGCAGCAGCGGCAACAGACUGUCAUGCAGGAACAACAACAACACGUCCAGCAACGUACAGAAAGACAAGUCACGCGGCAACAGAUCACCAGUCAGCAGAGAGUUCAAGGGGAGAUCGUGAUGCAAACAACGCCAACGUUACCAGUAUUUACCGGUAAACCUGGCGAUCCCUCGCCGCCCAUUUUCGAACGAAUCUUCAAAAACGCGCGAUUCGCGCAGGGCGGCAAUGCAAUUUUCGAAGGCUGCGUCCGGGGUAAUCCCAAACCGACAGUAUCUUGGACGCAUAAAGGCGCGCCGUUGUUGGAAUCACGAAAGAUUCGAAUGUCUUAUGACGACGGUACCGGAGUGGUCACGCUCCAAAUUAAUCAGAUCGGUCCAGGGGAUGAGGGCGAGUACACAUGCAGUGCUAAAAAUCAAUACGGCGAAGCGAUCUGCUCCGUUUACAUACAACCCGAGGGAUUCGGUCCCCCGGCGACAGACAGUUACAAGAAGGAAUUUACGCAGAGCGAACAGAAGAUGCAGACCGGAAGUCAAGUCUUCCAGCAACGAAGCUACCAACAAACGAUAGACAAGCGAAGCUACAUGAAUGGCACAUCGAUAAGCAUCGAGGACUUUAAGGUUGACACCUUCGAAUAUAGAUUGUUGCGCGAAACGGAGUUCCGCGAGUCGAUCACUCGCCGUUUCGUCGGUGAGUCCGACACGCAGAUCUCUACGACGGUCGAUCACACCUUAGGACCGGUCGCACCUCCGCAGAUCACACAGAAGCCCAGAAACUCGAAACUCAUCGAAGGAUCGGACGCUGUCUUCACCGCGAAAAUAACCGGCAAUCCUAAACCGAGGUUAACAUGGUUCAAGAACGGCCAGAGAAUCAAGGAUUCCCAACGCGUGGAGACGAGCUAUUCGAAUCAGCAGGCCACCUUACGAAUCCGAGUCGCCUUGCCGGAAGACAGUGGCCAUUACACAUUACUGUCCGAAAAUCCCCAAGGCUGCACCGUCAGCUCCGCUUACCUGGCGAUUGAAGCCAGCGAUCAGGUAGAUCAAGCGCAUCAAAGGGAGUUCAUUCAGGCUCAACAAGUAGAAUCGACCAGCGAGUCUACCGAUUCCGGCAAGGUAUUGCCGCCAAAUUUCGUCCGCACCUGCACGGAUAGGGAAGCUACCGAAGGCAAAAUGACAAGAUUCGACUGUCGCGUGACCGGCCGUCCGUAUCCCGAGGUGACCUGGUACAUAAACGGCCAACAAGUCGCCAAUGACAUGACACACAAGAUCCUUGUGAACGAGUCCGGCAACAAUUCGCUGAUGAUCACGAAUGUGAGUCGCGCCGAUGCCGGUGUUGUGACGUGCAUCGCUCGAAACAAGGCCGGCGAGACCUCGUGCCAGUGCAAUUUGAGCGUGAUCGAAAAGGAGCAAGUGGUCGCGCCGAAAUUCGUCGAGCGCUUCGUCACCACGAGCGUGAAGGAAGGAGAGCCCGUGGUCUUUAUGGCGCGCGCAGUUGGCACGCCGGUUCCGCGAAUCUCGUGGCAAAAGGACGGCGUGCCGAUAACCCCCGGCCCCGAAGUGCGUAUGUCGAGCGACGGUAGCGGCGCCUCGACUUUGGACAUCCCGCGCGCCAAAUUCUCCGAUGCGGCCUGGUACCAGUGCACCGCGCAAAACGUAGCCGGUUCUACCGCGACCCGAGCGCGGCUCUUCGUUGAGACACCGAAAGGAACGGCCCCGGAACCAAGACGCCUGAAUUUACCCCGACCGACGAAAGUCAUCGAACCAGAACCAGCGCCUGGCCCCGAAGUGAUUUAUCUGAGACACGUGGAGCGCGCCAAACCUUACCUGCCGCCACCUGAGGAAGACAAAAUUUACCCGCCGCCACGUUUCAUCAUCCCCCUGAGGGACGUUCAUCAGAUCGAAGGUGGACGAAUUCACUUCGAGGCCAGAAUCGAACCGGUGGGCGACCCCACUAUGAGGGUGGAGUGGUACGUCAACGGCAGAGCACUCGACGCGAGUUCCCGAGCAACAUCCAUCUUCCGCUUUGGCUUUAUCUCGCUCGAUCUCAUCAGCAUCGUCAUUCAAGAUAGCGGCGAGUACUUGUGCCGCGUCGUAAGCUCGACCGGAGUCGCCGAGUCUCGCGCCACCCUUAGCGUGACUUCUCGCGCUACGAUUGAGCAAACGAGCCAGCACCCCGACAGCCUCCAGUACAUUCAACAGCUCGAGGAUUACAGCAAGUACCAAAGGCAGGAGAGCGCGGAGGAGACCUCUUCGCAGCGGCCGGUUUUCAUCCGUCCGCUCCAGGAUCUUGGUGAGCUACAGGAAGGUCGAAACGCCCAUUUCGAGGCGCAGUUGACUCCUGUUAGCGACCCUACCAUGAAAGUGGAGUGGUACAAGGAUGGAAAACCAAUCACAGCCAGCUCAAGAAUCACUAGCAUCUUCAAUUUCGGAUACGUCUCUCUUAAUAUAAUGCACCUACGGGCUGAAGAUGCGGGUUCUUACACAGUACGAGCUGUGAACCGCUUAGGAGAGGCCCUCAGCUCCGCGACUCUCCGUGUCUUCGCGCGAACGAGCGUAACUACAGACUUGGGUAUCCCCGAGCAACUGAGGUACAUCGAAGCUGCCGAGGAGUUGGAAGCGUAUCAACAGGCCAUGCACCAGAAGUAUGUGUAUGAGCAGCCUGAACCGAGCAGCCCGCCGGAAUUUAAAUCGCCUAUUAAGGAUCAGAGCAGCAUACGAGAGGGCGGCUUUGCCCAUUUCGAGGCACGCCUCGAACCGGUCGGCGAUGCCGAUCUCCGUGUCGAAUGGCUCAAGGAUGGACGACCUGUAGAAGCUAGUUCCCGGAUUACAACCUUCUUUAAUUUCGGUUACGUGGCGUUAACCAUCAAAUACGUAACGAUACACGACGUCGGCGUGUACACCUGCCGAGCCUACAACCGAGCCGGCGAGGCUCGCACCACUGCUCAAUUGAGCGUGAUAAGUAAAAACGACGUUAUUUACGACAGCCAACACCCGAUGGGCCUGCAGAAGAUCCAAUUCCUCGAAGACUCGAGCAGAUACACGCGGCAGGUUCAGGAAGAGACUCAGGUUACGCAGGCACCGCGAUUCCUGGGCAAUCUCAAGGGCACCAAUAAGAUCGUGGAGGGCCAACGAGCGCACUUCGAAGCGCGUGUCGAGCCUCAGAGCGAUCUCACUAUGAAGAUCGAGUGGUAUCACAAUGGCAAACCCAUUACCGCGGCUAAUAGAAUCCAGACGUACUACGAUUUCGGAUACGUCGCCAUCGAUAUUCUACAGGUCCGGUCUGAGGACGCCGGCACGUACACCGUGGUGGCCAGGAACUCCCGCGGAGAAGCUCAACUGUCCGCCACUAUGGUCGUAGAAACACGUUCCAGCGUAGACACCAGCAGUAUGCACCGUGGAACUUAUGAGAAGACUCAACGUUUGGAGGAGUCGAAAUUCAUCGAACCGCAAUAUCACAUCGAAGAGAUCUCCAAGUCGAAGCCAAUUUUUAUCCAGCCGUUGAGCGACCCUAAGCCAGUUAGCGAGGGCAAGAAUAUUCACUUGGAGUGCCGUCUGGAACCGAUGGGCGAUCCGACCAUGAGGGUCGAAUGGUUCCAGAACGGACGUCCUGUCACGGUUGGCUCCAGAUUCAGGACCUAUUACGAUUUCGGAUUCGUCGCACUCGACAUAGUGCACGUUACCGUGUACGAUUCGGGCGAAUACACGGUCAGAGCCACCAAUCACUUGGGCACCGCGCACACUUCCGCCUGCGUGCGAGUUAUCGGGAGAUCCGACAUCGUCACCGAAACGCAGCACGAGCAAUCGCUCGAGCAGAUACAGAUGUUGGAGGACUCGUCCAGAUAUCGCAAAACUCAACAAGAGGAGGUCACCGUGAUGCAAGCACCGCAGUUUACCCGGCCGUUGCACAAUAUCGAGACCGUGGAGCUGACCAACGUCCACCUCGAGUGUCGUCUUCAGCCAGUCGGCGACUCGACCAUGAAAGUCGAUUGGUUCGUCAACGGACGCCCGGUGAAAACCGGCCACCGAUUCAGACCGUCUUACGAAUUCGAUUAUGUCGCUCUGGACAUUCUCGGUGUCUAUCCCGAAGACUCUGGCGUGUACACCUGCCAGGCGAGGAAUCAGCUCGGCGAAGCAGUUACCUCGUGCUCCGUGAGAGUACACGCGAAGAAGGACCUACUUCUGGAAUCGCAACAUCCCGAAGGACUGGAGAGAAUACAGUAUCUCGAGGACGCUUCGCGAUACAAGAGGCACGAGCUCAUCGACGAAGUCGUCCGUGUGAAACCGAAAUUCAUCACGAAGCCGAAGAGUCAAGAGAACCUCCGUGAAGGGCAACACGCCCACUUCGAGUGCAAACUGGAGCCGGUGACGGAUCCGAAUUUGAAAGUCGAGUGGUUCAAAAACGGUCGUCCAGUAACGAUAGGACACCGAUUCCGUCCGAUUCACGACUUCGGUUACGUCGCAUUAGACGUGAUCGACCUGAUCGCCGAGGAUUCCGGCACUUACACCUGUCGUGCGGUUAAUCUGAUAGGCAGCGACGAGGUGUUCUGCACCUUAUCGUGCCGUUCGACCGCUCAGAUUCUGACGGACACGCAAAACGAGGUCGGGCUCGAGCAGAUUCACUACCUCGAGGACAGAUCCAAGUACCAACGAGAAGAAGUUAUCGAAGAGACCACCACUCAAGCGCCCAUUUUCACAACUUCGCUGAACAACGUCGAGAUAAAAGAGGGUCAACGAGCGCACUUCGAGUGCCGAUUGAUUCCCGUGUCCGACGCUACCAUGAAAGUCGAAUGGUUCCACAAUAAUGUACCGGUGAAGGCCGGCUCGAGAUUCGUCGAGACGAAUAGCUUCGGCUUCGUCGCGCUCGACAUCAUGUACGCAUACCCCGAAGACUCCGGAACGUACACCUGCAGAGCCAAGAAUAUCAUCGGCGAAGCUAUCACUUCCGCAACCGCUAUCGUUCACUCCAAGAAAUCGAUCUACACCGAGACGCAGAACGAAGAAACGCUUCAGCGUCUCCGCACUUUGGAGGACACGUCUCGUUAUCAGCGCAAGACCACCACCGAGGAAAUCGUCACGCAGGCUCCUGUCUUCACGAUGCCGAUAAAGGAUCUCCGCGUCGCCGAGAACCAAGCGGCGCACUUCGAGGCGCGUGUCAUCCCGGUUGGAGACCCGAAGCUCAAAGUGGAAUGGCUGCGAAACGGCGUUCCCAUUUCUGCCUCAAAUCGCGUGACGACUAUGCACGACUUCGGAUACGUCGCCUUGAACAUGAAGUACGUCAAUCCCGAAGACUCUGGCACAUACACGUGUCGUGCGACGAACGAACUCGGGGAAGCGGUUACUUCGGCAACGUUGUUCGUCCAAUCCAAGGCGGCCUUGCAAUUUGAAUCGCAACACGAGAGUGCUUUGACGAAACUCCAAGCCCUGGAGGAUACCUCGAAAUAUCAGCGUCGUGAGGAGGAUGAGAUCGUGGUAAAUGAAAAGCCAUCCUUUACGGUCCAACUGAACGGGCCUACCAGCCUAGUCGAAGGUCAAAGCGCACACUAUGAGUGUCGCAUAGAACCUUAUCCCGAUCCUAAUAUGAAGGUGGAGUGGUUCCACAAUGGCAAACCACUGUCCACCGGCCACAGGUACAGAACUACCUGCGACUUUGGAUUCGCGUCGUUGGACGUGUUGACCGUGUAUGCUGAGGAUUCGGGCACAUAUACUUGCCAAGCCACCAAUAAAUUGGGAUCGGCCAAGAGCUCGAUUAAUCUCGAUGUGAAAUCGCGAGCAUCGAUUAUUCGCGACACGCAACACGAGAGCGCGUUGAAGAAGAUACAAUUCCUCGAGGAUGAUUCGCGAUAUAAGCGUGUGACCGAGGAGGACAAGAUCAUCGCCGAGAAGCCCGCUUUCGGCCGACCGUUGAAGAACAUCGAACAUCUGCCGGAAGGCAAAAGCGCCCAUCUCGAAGCUACGCUGACACCCGUGAACGAUCCGACCAUGAUAGUCGAAUGGUACAGAGACGGGCGUCCUAUUCCUCAAGGACAUAAAUUUAAAACUACCUACGAUUUCGGAUACGUCGCUCUCGACAUCCUUUACGCUUAUCCUGAAGAUUCUGGCACCUAUAUGUGUAAAGCAAGGAACGCCGUUGGCGAGGCUGUUACUACCUGUGUAAUUAGCGUGGAUUCGAAGCAAGGCUUAUACCUCGACACGUUGGACGCCCAGCGUUUGCAGAAGAUUCGCCAACUGGAAACUGUCGAAGUAAAGAAAGAAAUUGAGAAGGAGGUUAUUCACCAGAAACCUGUGUUCUUGACGCCGCUGAACAAUCUGGAUCACCUCAAGGAAGGCGAACACGCUCAUCUGGAAUGUCGCGUCGAGCCGAUCAAUGAUCCGAAUUUGAAAAUUGAAUGGUUUGUCAAUGGAGUUGCUAUUAAAACUGGUCAUCGUUUCCGUACUACACAUGACUUUGGCUAUGUUGCUCUCGAUAUUCUUUACACCUAUCCCGAAGAUUCCGGUACCUACAUGUGCAAAGCUACCAAUCUGGCCGGCGAAGCAGUUAACACUUGCACCAUCAAAGUUGGCUCUCGUCGAAGUAUUCUCCUGGACACCCAACAUCCGGACGGUCUAGAAAAGAUUCGAGAAUUAGAGGCUCAAGGACGUCCCGCGCGAUUGGAAAUCGAGGAACCACCAGUGACACCGCCGAGAUUCAUCACUGAGCUCAGGGGCACGACGGAAAUAUACGAGGGUCAGACCGCUCACUUCGAGUGCCAAGUAGAGCCAUUGCACGACGCCAAUUUGCGAAUCGAAUUCUUCCACAAUGGCAAGCCGUUACCAUCGGCAGCGCGUUUCCAUGUAACCUUCGAUUUCGGAUACGUUGCCUUAGACAUCGGCCACGCCGUGCCCGAAGACGCAGGCCAAUAUUCAGUGCGCGCGAUCAACGCACUAGGACAAUGCGUGUCGUCCAUCGAACUCAAGGUAAUCCCGCGAGACAGCAUUAUCCUGGAUUCACAGCGGCCGGAAGGAAUGGACAAGAUCCGAGAGCUCGAGGCACAGCAACCGUGGAAGAGACCGGAUGUGCCGGAGCCUCAGACCCGACAGCGACCUGUCUUCACUCAACCCUUGCAAAACAUCGACGGCAUCGCCGAGGGCCAUACCGCGCACUUCGAGUGCAGGCUCAUACCUGUCGGCGAUCCUAUGCUCAAAGUGGAGUGGUUUAGAAACGAAGUGCCUCUCGAGACAAGUUCUCGAAUUACGAAAGUGCACGACUUUGGAUUCGUAUCCUUGGACAUCGCUCACGUGCGCGACGAAGACGAAGGCGUCUACAUGUGUCGCGCUUCUAAUCCAUUGGGCGAAGCUGUUACCACGGCUUCGAUGAAGAUUAAGACCAAAGCGAACAUACAACUCGACACUCAGCAUCCGGAAGCUCAACGUAGAAUCGCUAAGCUAGAAGCUGACAAGGGACUCGGCCGACCUGAAGAGCCGGAGAAGGUCUUCGACAAGCCGAUCUUCACGCAAUUAUUAACCGGCCCCACCGAGCUCUGGGAAGGACAAAUGGCUAGAUACGAGUGCAGGGUCGUUCCCGUUGGCGACGCGAGCCUGAGAUUCGAAUGGUACAUGAACGGAGUCGAAUUGAAAAUGGGCUCGCGCUUCCAUGUAAGCCACGAUUUUGGAUACGUGACACUGGACAUCCUGAAGGUGAUCUCCGAAGACUCCGGAGUCUAUACUUGCAAAGCGAUCAACAAUGCGGGCGAGGCGGUCUCGUCGAUCUCGCUAAAAGUGAAGGCGCGAUCUGCCAUCGAUUCAGAUAGCAUACAGGCGGACGCGUGGCAGAAGAUCCAACUAAAGGAAGCGGAGAUGAAUAAGGUGCCGGAGAUGUUCGUCGACACGACGCCGCAGCAGGCGCCAGUCUUCACCAAACACCUCGAGAGCUACGACAAGCUCGUAGAAGGUCAACGCGUUUACCUGGAGGCUCAGGUGGAACCACGAGCGGAUCCCAACUUGAGAGUAGAGUGGUUCAAGAACGGCAUACCCCUCCAGACUGGAACCAGACUCCGUAGCACGUUCGAUUUCGGUCUGGUGACGUUAUCGAUCAACGGUCUGAGAGCGGACGAUUCCGCGAUUUAUACUUGCAAAGCGACCAAUCUUCUGGGAGAAGCCGUAUCAACCUGCAGCUUGAAGAUCGCCGAUCGUCAUUGGCUCUUGGGAGAUACUUUGCAUCCGGACGCUCUGCCGAAGAUCGACGCUCUGGAGCAGCCUCCGGUGAGCUCUAUCAAGGAAGCGGAGCCCGUCUACGAAGAACCGGUGUUCAUCACUCACCUCAACAACGUGGAGUGCGUGGAAGGCGAGAACGCUCACUUCGAGUGCAACGUAGAACCAUCGAAAGACCCAACCAUGAAGAUCGAAUGGUUCCUGAACAACAAACCUUUACCGACCGGCGCAAGGUUCAAGUCCACUUACGAUUUUGGCUACGUCGCUCUGGACCUGACUCACGCUUACGAGGAGGACUCUGGAGUGGUUACCGUCAAAGCUACCAAUUCGAAGGGAAGCGCGCAGACUUCGGGUACCUUGAAAUGCACCAGCAAGCAGAACAUCUAUUUGCAGACGCAACACCCACAAGGAGAAGCCGGAUUUGAGAAGGUGAAGGAGGCCGAAGACGCUUACUUGUCCAAGUACAAGAGACCGGAAGAUGUUCCCGAGCACGAUUAUCCCAAACCGAUCUGGACGGUGCCUCUUUUGCCAGAAUUUAAACUGGGAGAGUCCGAACCACUGCAUCUGGAGGGACAAGUCGAACCGAAGGAUGAUCCGAACUUGAAGAUCGACUGGUACUUCAACGGGAAACCCUUGGAACAUGGUUCACGCUUCAAGAUGACCAGCGACUUUGGCUUCGUCACUUUGGACCUGACGGACGUUUACGAGCGCGACUCCGGCAUUUACACUUCCAAGGCUUACAACAAAGCAGGCGAGGCCUUCACGUCGACGACAGUUUAUUGCUCCACGAAGGAGAAUAUCAUCGAGAAGUCACAACAUCCCAAAGGUAAAGAGGGCCUCGAGGCGAUUCAGGAUUUGGAGGAGUCCCUGAAACGUCAAGAAGGACUCCCGCCGGGUGAGGAAGAGGGUCAACCUCCGAUGUUCACGUCGCAAUUCGAGAACCUGACUAAUCUCUCCGAGGGAGAGAUCGCCCACUUCGAAGCGUCUCUCAUUCCCACCGGAGACCAAACCAUGGUGGUUGAAUGGUUCUACAACGGCAAAUCGUUGGAAGCCAGUCAUCGCACGAGAACCGUUUACGCCUUCGGCAUGGUCGUGCUCGAGGUUCUCGGCACUAAGAUCGAGGAUUCCGGCACCUACACCUGUAGAGCCACCAACAAGUGGGGUAAAGCGGAGAUCAGUGUGCAACUGGAAUGCGUCGACAAGUCCAAGGGACAGAAACCGAAGUUCACCACGCAGAUUCAAUCGCUGGAGGGCCUGAAGGAUGGCCAGUCCGCUCACUUUGAGUGCACCCUGAUCCCGGUGGGCGAUCCUCAUAUGAAAGUCGAAUGGUUCCACAACGGCAAGCCUCUUCGACACUCUUCUCGUUUCAAGAUGGUGUCCGACUUCGGUUUCGUCGUUAUGGACAUCGCCGGGGUGAUGUCUCACGAUACCGGCGAGUACGUUUGCAAAGCUAGCAACAAAUACGGCGAGGAUUACACGAAGGCCACGAUCCGCUGCUUCGGUAAGAGCGGAGUCUAUCUGGACUCCUUGCAGCCGGACUCGCUCGCCAGAAUUCGAGAGCUCGAGAGUUACACCGGAGAGCAAGCGACCACCCCCACCACUCCCGUGGCCGAACCGCCGAAAUUCAUCACGCAGAUUGCCGACAUCACGAAACUUGUGGAGGGACAGUCCGCGCACUUUGAGGCCAGACUAACUCCGGUGACCGAUCCCGACUUGAAGGUCGAGUGGUAUUAUAACGGCAAGAAGCUACCCCACGGCCAUCGAUACCGCACUUUCCACGACUUUGGUAUCGUCAUCUUGGACAUACUCUAUUGCUACGAGGAGAACUCCGGUGUUUACGAAUGUAGAGCUGUUAACAAGUACGGCGAGGAUUCUACGAAAGCGACGCUCAAGUGCUUCUCCAAGGCUAAUCUCGUGUUGGAAUCGCAGCUGCCGAAAGGUAUGGAAGGAGGCCUCGAGAAGAUCCAAAGCCUCGAAGACGCGAUGAUCCGUACGAGGGACGAGAAGGUCGUGGAGGAGCGCGGCAAGGCUCCGGUGUUCACUGUGCCCUUAAGUAACAUCGAUGGUCUGCGCGAAGGAGAAAGUGCGCAUUUCGAAGCGCGAUUGACACCUACGGACGAUCCAAAAUUGAAGGUCGAAUGGUUCUGGAACGGCAAACCGUUGCGAACGGGAUCUCGUUUCCGCACCUUCUGCGACUUUGGUUUCGUCAUUUUGGAAAUCUCGCCUAUCUACCCUGAGGAUUCGGGCGAGUACAGCUGCAGAGCGACGAACGACUACGGUGAGGCGGUGACAACGUGCACGAUGAAGUGCACGGGCAAACGCAGCAUUAUCUUAGAAUCCCAACUACCAAAGGGUAUGGAGAGCACGAUUGACAAGAUCGCGGAGUUGGAAGGCCUUGGAAACGUUCCGGGUCAAGCCAGUCCCGACGAUGAUACCGGGAGACCGCCUGAGUUCAUCACGACUCCUUCUGAUCUAACCUUGGCCGAGAACUCUCUCGCUCAUUUCGAGUGUCGACUUCAGCCGAUCAAUGAUUCCAGCAUGAGGGUCGAGUGGUUCCACAACGGCAAGCCUCUUCUCGCCGGAAGCAGAGUGAAGACGAUCCACGACUUUGGCUUCGUCAUUCUGGAAGUCGCGAAUUGCUACCAACGCGACUCCGGCUUGUACACCUGCAAAGCCACCAAUCGUCACGGCGAGGCGACGGUAUCGUGCAAGCUUCAAGUGCGCGGUCGUCAGGGCAUCAUCUUGGAGCCUCAAUUACCGAACAACUUCAGAACCGGUACGGAAAGCAUCCAGAAAUUAGAAGAAUCCCUGUACAAGAAGGACGAGAUCUUGGCAGAAGAGGAAAAACCGAACCCACCGAGAUUCACCGUCGAGCUUAAGGACAUCGAGGUCGAGGAAGCUGGACCGAGUCACUUCGACUGCAGAGUCGAGCCUGUCGGUGACUCCACUAUGCGCAUCGACUGGUUCCACAACGGCCGGCCCUUCGCGACAGGCUCCCGUGUUCACCAGAUCAACGACUUCGGAUUCAUAUCCUUGGAUAUGUCCUACACGUACGCGCGAGAUAGCGGCGAAUACGUCUGCAGAGCUACCAAUAAGUGGGGCUCCGCUACUACCAAGGCCACUAUCACUUGCAAAUCCAAGAAAACGAUAGACUUCGACUCUCAGCUGCCAUCGGGAAUGAGUGGCGAGAAGUUGAAGGAGCUGGAACGAGGACCGGUCACUCAAGCUCCCGCGGAAGAAGCACCGCGUCAACCACCUCAUUUCAUCACGCAAAUUCAAUCAGCGACUGUUGACGAGUCCGAGCCAAUCAGGUUCGAGUGCCGCGUGGAGCCCAAGGAGGAUCCCAAUUUGCGCAUCGAAUGGUACAGAAACGGCAAAUUGAUACCUGCAGGGCACAGGUAUAGGACGGUUUACGACAUGGGAUUCGUAUCGAUGGACAUCCUGUACGUGUAUCCCGAAGACUCCGGCGAAUACGUUUGCAAAGCCAUCAACGAUCUUGGGGAGGACACCACUCGCGCCUCCGUUUCUUGCAAAAAACUGCCGAGUAUCAUUCUGCAGAAUCAGGUGCCAAAGGGCAUGAAGAAAUCCGAGGCCUUGAUGCAGAUGGAAGCGACGAUCAAAAAGUACACUUCGGAGGUUCAUUUGACCGAGGAUGACCUGUACGACGCGGACAAGAAACAACCACCUCGUUUUGUCACGCAGAUUCAAGAUCAGACCGAUCUCGUGGAAAUGAACAGCACCAAGUUCGAGUGCCAACUAGCACCCGUGGGCGAUCCGAACAUGAAGGUCGAAUGGUUCUUCAACGGCAAACCGUUGCCCCAUAAGAAUCGAUUCACGCCCAUCUACGACUUCGGUUACGUGGCGAUGAACUUUGGAUGGGUCUACCCGGAAGACAGCGGCGAAUACUUGUGCCGAGCUACGAAUCUUUACGGUAUGGACGAGACGAGAGCUAUAAUCAGAACUGCCGGAAAACCGGGAAUUAUCUACGAGUCACAGCUUCCGAAAGGCAUGAAGAGUAUCGAGAAGAUCAGAGAAAUGGAAGCAGCAUGGCAGAUCGUACCGGAAGAAGAAGGUGAGGAAGAGAAGGUGCGCUCGGCGCCAGUCUUCGUGAGCAAACCUGAACCAGUGACCGUCGAGGAAGGUGACUGGUCCAGAUUCUGCUGUCGAGUCACCGGACACCCGAGACCUCGAGUCAUGUGGAUAAUCAACGGACACACAGUAGUCAAUGGAUCCCGUUAUAAGCUGACGUACGACGGCAUGUAUCAUUUGGAUAUUCCAAAGACCAGGCAGUACGAUCAUGGAAAGGUAGAAGUGAUCGCAAGGAGCUCCGUCGGUGAAACACGCACGGAAACGACAUUGACGGUCAAGCAGCGAAGCGACGAUUACCGUGGUGUACUGAAAAAUUCACCAAGACCGUGGUACGAUUAUGGGCUAACACAGUACCAGAGCGAGCGGCAGAACACAGAGCUCGAGCGCGUGUUUGACGAACGUCACCAGACCGUGUCCCAGGGUAUCGGAAUCGCCACGGAGCAUCUCGGACCGAAGGUCAUCAAAGAGCCCGAGACUGACUGGCAGAAGUCCGUUAAGAGCAAGAAGAACGAAGACUAUUAUAGCAAGCUGAUGAAUCUCGAGGAGGAACAAAUACUCAAAGAGUCCAGAUUGAGGGAGGCCUCUCAUCAGUUCGCCAUUCCUGGCGACACGGUCGUCUCAAAUUCCUUGGCAAAGGGAAUGGCCCAGAAGUACGAGGAGAGUUUGGAAGAGCAACCCGAAUCACCAGGGCAAGAACCACCACCAGCGAAGUACGCGAAGAAACCGUUCGUCACCGAGGUGGACAUCGAUACGGAACGCGUGAAGGCCACGGGAAAAUAUCCGCCGGGGCCGUCGGAGUCCACGGUUCACGGUCGCGAAGUUCAUGUAGCCAAACAGAAGCAGACGCAGAAGGAAGUCAAGGGCGACCUGGAAAUCACGAGAAAGAUCACAGCCACAGAGACCACGGAGGUCGAGCACAAAGGGAAGACGCAGGAACGCGUGGUUCAGGGCCAGGUGAAACCAGCGAAACCACCCGUCUUUACGAAGAAGAUUCAGCCCUGCAGAGCGUUCGAGCAGGAGCAGGCUAAAUUCGAAGUCGAAUUCGACGGUGACCCGUUGCCGACCAUCAAAUGGUACCGCGAGGACUUCCCGAUCCAGAACUCAGCCGAUCUUCAGAUCUACACUUUCAGCACGAAAUCGGUGCUGAUUGUCCGGCAAGUUUUCAUGGAAGACUCCGGCGUCUUCUCCGUUAUCGCUGAGAACAGGGGUGGAAAGGCCAAAUGCAGCGCCAACCUGGUCGUGGAGGAGCGCAGGAGGCAACCCGGACGUGGUGGAGCGAUUCCACCCAGUUUCUUGUCGACGAUCCAAUCCACCUCGCUAGCUACCGGCCAGCUCGCCAGAUUCGACGCCAAGAUCACCGGCACCAAACCUUUGGACGUUUAUUGGCUCAAGAAUGGCAAGAAAGUGACAGCGGAUAUCCGCUACAAGACUCUGGAGGAAGACAAUACGUACACCCUUCUGAUCCUGGAGACGGUUCCGGAGGACACUGGCAAGUACGAGUGCGUCGCGAUCAACAGCGCUGGAGAAGCGCGUUGCGAGGCGGAAUGCACAGUUCGCGGGCCCCAGUCCCCGGCGAAGACCGCGAAACCCACAACGCCGACAGUGGAGAAAGCGCCAACCGUCCUGGAGCCAUUGAGGGAUCAAACUAUCAAGGAGGGGACUUCCGUCGCCUUCGCCUGCAGGAUCACAGGGAAGCCCGUUCCCACCGUGCAGUGGAAGAAAGCCGACAAGGUGAUCAAACCGUCCAAGUACUUCCAAAUGCAAAAAGAAGGCGACCUGUGCACUCUGAGGAUCUCCGAGGCGUUCCCCGAGGACGAGGGUGUUUACAAGUGCAUCGCCAAGAACCCAGCGGGCGAGGUCACCACGUCCGCCAACCUCCGAGUUCUCGCGCCCGACACAGCCGACGUUCUGCCGAAGCUGACGCCUCUGAAGGACCAGAUCGUGAUGGAAGGACAGCCGGCGCAGUUCAAGACCCAAGUUAGCCCGGCGAAGCCCAAACCGACGAUUCAAUGGUAUCGGGAGGGCGCUCUGAUCCCGCAGUCGCCAGACUUCCAGAUGAUUCACGAAGGCAACAACGCGGUGCUACUCAUAGCAACCACCUACGAGGAGGACACCGGCACCUUCACCUGCCGCGCUACGACUUCGGCCGGUACCGUAGAAACGUCCGCCAAACUCAUCGUCAAAAGUAAGAAUUGAAUCCAAGAUACAGAUUCGAUUGCUAACACGAUACGCGAUUGGAUACUCAUAUUCAUACAACUCCAAGAGACUGCCGGAGACGAACAUAUACUCGAGACAGUGGCAUGACAAAGUUAACUCACGUAUGACAUUUAGCAAAUUAAUCUUGGUAACUAACCACGUUCGACGUUGAAGAAAGUAACAUUUAACUCCUUCGUCCUGUUAUACGUCACGCGCGUCGGUUGUUCGAUUGCAACUUAUCGCGACGGUGAUUCGCUCAUUAUUUCGUAAUCGCACACAACGACUCGCCCGGAACGGUCAGCCAAUGAUCCUCGAUGGCGAAACGGAUGCAAAAAGGACGUGUGCAGUUGGACAUCGAGUCCGUGGAUUUUUCUAAUACAUAGCUAAUCGUUACUCGAUUGAGCGCUCGCGUUUAACGUAAUCGUCGCGACUAACCAUCGCACUCUCGUGUCGUCUCAACGUACGAUCGACCGUCUCCGCGCAGCACGAUUCACGCCGUGAAUAUCCGAUCGAGAAAUAUUUUUUACUUUUGUGCUUUGUUCUUUUCUUGCCUUCUCCCUGUAUGAAACGUAACCCGUCGAUCUACCGCUAGUAUCCCUCCGCCACAAACACCCUCUAAUCAAAAGUAUCGUACGCGUCCGGGGAGUUUGUACUAACUCGUCGUGUUUUGAGAAUAGCCGAGCGAGUGAAACGAGGGAGUAAUUAAUGACACUCGAAUGAGAGGCUGUGUAACCACGCAAGGCAUACGUAUAUAUAUCUCAAAAAGAAAUUAUACCGUGAGAAACAUAUCAUACGCAACGCGGGUCGCGAAGGUGGUGCUGAAAAUUACGCGUGCCGUUAAUAAAGGCACUAUAUCGAAUAUCCGUGCGAAAAAUCGGAGCUGCUCUAUGGUGCGAUUGAUCGGGACAAGCGUAUGAUUUUUUACAAGCGCGAUGAUUUUUAAUAUCGAUCUAGGCGGGUGUGUGUCCGAUCGAGAGAGAGAGAGAGAGAGAGAGAGAGAGAGAGAGAGAGAGAGAGAGAGAGAGCGAGACGUCGUUCUACGAAUGUCCCGCGCCGUGUUACAUUUCGACCUUAAUCUCAGGACAAAAGUGUGAUUCUUCGCAACCUCUCGUCUACGAUAAACUAUCGCUACCAGUUCUGUAAAUAGGUGUUCUAUUAUCGUCGCAAAAUAUACGCGCGAUGUUAACGAAGAUCGUGGAUGGAAAGGAAAAAAAGAGGAAAGAUUAAUGGCGGUGCGAUUGCGUCAAACACGUAACUCGUUUACUCGUUCGCUGUAGUAUCGAUAUUUACUAUAAAACAGCAUAUCGCAAAGUGGAAAAGUAUAUAUAUGCAUAUUUACAUACACAUAUCAUCUUCUCGCUACAUAUGUACGCCCACUGCUAUUAUAAAUACUCACUUUUAAUAGAGAAAUUUCACAGCGGCACGGAUAGGGAUACCGUCUAACGUUUUACUAAUCGACUAUUUAUUAUUGUACAAUGAAAGUCCCAAUAAAACCGAAUGUUCGAAAUA